AUGAGCAGCCAGCGACCGGAGAUGUCAGAAGGGCCAGCGAGUUAUAGCGCCCACUCGUUCGGCGAGGUCAACCGACGGCUGUGGCGGUUGCCUACUAAGUCGGUACCGAAGGGCAGCGGUUGUGAUGAUGCUGUGCUGGACUGGGCUGCGGUACGCGAGUUGCUGGAGGAGGCUCCGGAGGAGCGGAGCGGCGUUUUGUCGCGUUACCUGCUGAUGUGGCUGAACCCGUAUGUGACGCUUGCGUGGAGGGAGCGGCUGGAGGAGGCUUACAUGCCUCCACCGCAGCGUGCGCACCGCGCCGUGUGCUGUGGCGCUCUGUUGAGCCGCGCGUUUCGUGACGAGGAGGUUUGCGGGGGCCGUGACGCGUGGCGUGCGCGCGUUGAAGCUGCGCUGCCAGUGCUGUGUGGCGACUGCGCUGACCGCGCUAGUGAAUGUGAAGUGGGUGGCAGCGAUUGUCACGGGCGAUGGGGUGGCGCGCGCGUGGCGGCUGUGAACGAGCUGUCACGUGUGGGGUUGCGUGGUGAGGAGGGUGUCCACGGACGGCUGCGGUGGGUGGGGUACGUUCGAUCGAGCGACGCACCGCAGACGCUUUUGUGCGGUGUGGAGUGGGAUGCUGACAGUGCGCUGCCGUUGUAUCGUGCGCGUGUUGCUGGUGAUGCGGCCGCGGAAGUGGUGCACGAUGGGUGCGUGCACGGCGAGCGUCUGUUUUACCAGGUUCAGGAGGGGCGGGCGCGGUGCACGUGCGAGUACGUGGAGGAUCUGGUGCCGGUAUCGGCGAUUCCAACCGCCGAUACCGGGUGCCAGCGUACGCCUCACACUCCGUCGCUGCUUUGGGCGCUGCUCCGCACGUUUCGCUCCGAUCUGAUGGCGAUACUGCCACCGUCGAUUGCGGGUAUGAUGUGCGAAGUGUUGACACCGUGGUUGCUGCAGCAGUUUGUGCUGUUCCUGCAGUCGAACAAGGAUCAGGAGGGAGUGCGAAAAGGGCUGCUCUUCUUCUUGAUGUUUGCGAUCGUGAAGUUUGUACAGCCAGCGUUUGUGAACAAGGAGAUGCACCGCAGUCGGCGUGUUUCGAGCCUUUUCCGCACCUCGACGCUUGCCCUGAUCUUUGAAAAGUGUCUGAUGAUAUCGCCAGAUGCGCUGUCGCGGCCGGACAUGAGCACAGGUCGCGUGUUAGCGAUGGCGAGCUCGGAUGUUGAGAACAUCAAGGAAUUUCCCACGCAAGUGACGUUCCUGUGGAAGGCACCGACUAUGCUGACGUUUUACGUUGCCUACCUCUUCGUUCUCGUGGGGCCGAGUGCCGUGGCUGCUGUCCUGGUUUUUGCCGCUUCACUGCCUAUACAAGGGGGGCUAACGAAUGCCAUAGGUGGCGCACAAGCGAGCCUGUCGAGCUGCACGGAUCAGCGCCUGCGUCGGACGAAUGAGCUGCUUUCCGGCAUCCGUAUCGUGAAGAUGAUGGGAUGGGAUUCGAAGUUUGUCUCGGCGAUCGAAGAUAGCGCACGGGCCGAUGAGUUGCGGUUCCGACGAAGACUGCAGAUGUGCCAGGUCGGGUUGUGGGCAUGCGUGUCAUCUACUCCGACGUUCAUGAUCGCCGCUGUUCUCACUACCUACACCCUCAGCGGACACAAGCUUGACGCAUCCGUGGUGUUCCCUCUCAUUGCAGUUGUCAGUGCUAUAACCUUCCCUGUAAUGAUGCUCCCGGAGGCCUUUACGUCGCUGGCGAAGUUCAUUGUGUCGACGGGGCGCGUCACGCAGUUCUUGGAGUGCGACGACUCGCACAUUAUCGUCGAGCACGCGGAGCGCAUGUUCAGCAGCACAGGGAGUGGCGGCGCUGCUUCCAGGGACGCACCACUGCCGAGUGCCGCUUCGGCCGACCUGGCAAGGGUGCUUGUGUCAGUGCCCGCCGCGCUUCCCGUGUACGAGCCGCGACACGUGGGGCUGCGCCGCGUGGCGCAGAGGAUGCUGUGUGCGGUGCUGCGCCGCCGCGUGCCGGUGGAGCUGCAGUGGCGGAGGGCGGCUGCCUCACCUGCCACGGGUGAAGGCGGUAGGAAGCCUGUGCGCGCUGCUGUGGGGCACGAUGAUGGCGGUGCGGCUGUUGCGGGUGGUGAGGACGGGCGCGGCAGUGAUGGUGGCGUGGCGCUGUACGCGAUGGUGGACAGGACUCUCCUGCACGAUGUGCGCGUGUCGUUCCCGCGCGCGCAGUUGACGGUGGUGGUUGGCGCGACGGGGAGCGGGAAGUCUGCGCUGCUGGCGACGCUUUUGGGUGCGUUCCGGCUCGAGGGGCAUGUGGAUGUAGCGAGGUCGGUGGCGUACGUGCCGCAGCAGCCGUGGAUUAUGCAGGAAACGUUAGAGGCGAACAUCACGUUCUUCGAGGGCGAUCGGCGCCGCGCGGCUGGUGGCGUGGCGGACGAUAGUGAUAGCGGCUCUGCGCAGGCGUUCUCACCUCUGAGGUGCGCUGAGCAAGCUGCUGGUGCUGCUGCUGUGUCACGGUGCUUCGGCUGCGGCUGUGGCACGGUGAGGGAGCGUCUUGCGCGCGCUGUGCGGAGUUGCCAGCUGGAUGCUGAUGUGGCGCUGAUGGCGCGCGGGCUGGGGACAGAGAUCGGCGAGUGUGGCAUCAACCUGAGCGGUGGGCAGAAGGCGCGCGUGAGCCUUGCGCGCGCCGUGUAUGCGGACCGCGACGUGUACCUGCUGGACGAUCCACUGUCGGCGCUGGACGUGCACGUUGGGCGACGCGUGAUGGACGAGGUUGUGCUGCGCGCGCUGGCGGGCAAGACGCGCGUGCUAGCGACGCACCAGCUGCAGGUGCUGCCGCACGCGGACCAGGUGGUGGUGAUGCGCGAGGGCUGCGCCGUGUUUGCGGGAAGCUACGCCGCGUACGCUGCGUCGGAGUGGAAGACGUACGUAGAGAGCGAUGAGGCCGCCGCCGCAAGCAAGAAGAGCGGGUGUGGCGGUGGUGAUGCUGUGGCGGAGUGCACCGAGGUCAGUUCUGCGUGGUCGUCUGCGGUGAGCGUGGAGUCGUGUGGGGGCACGCGUGAGGAGUGUGACUUCGUUCGGUGUAGCCGUGCCGAUGUCCGUGUCAGGAAAGGCGACGGUGAAUGGGAGGAGAACAAUGGCAGGACUUUGUCGAGAAUGCACUGGCAGGGCUCACGGGCCAGCGAGAACUCAGAGGCGGAAGAAUGCAACGACGGGGACUCUACGGUAUGUAAAAGUGUUGGCCUCGCCAGGUCUAAGGCCGCGCCGCGCACGGCGAAGGGCUCAUCUGGGCUCGCUACGGAUGAGGACGCAGCGGACGGCGGCGACCUGAUGAUUGCGGAGGAGAAGGAGACAGGGCACACACCGUGGAGUGUGUACCGCGCCUACGUUGAGGCGGGCGGGGGCGUGCCGGUCGCAAUUCAAGUUGUGCUGCGCUACUUCUUUAGCGAAGUGCUCUCGACAGGCUCCAGCGUUUGGCUGACGCUGUGGUCAGUGAACUACUUUGGUUCUCUCUCUACCAACGAACAGCUUGGUGUGUAUCUUGGACUCGUCUUUGCGGUUGCUGUCACAGUUUCUGCCAACGACCUGUUUAUUUUUCAGUUCGCUCGCCGCGCUGCCUGCCGCUUGCACGCCAUGCUCCUGUACACAGUGAGCUCAGCCACGCUGGCAUUUUUUGACCGCACACCGCUGGGUCGCAUUGUCAACCGGCUUAGCAGGGACGUGCACGUCCUUGACGAUGAGCUGCCGGCGAACGUGAUUCCUUUUUUGGGCAUUGCGGGAUACGUCAUGACGUCUUUAGCAGUGACGCUAUACACGUCACCGCUUAGUGUGGUCGUGGUGCUGCUAGCGGCUUACGCUUUUGUGCGCCUGCUGAGGUUCUACGCGACAGUGGUGCGUGAGGUGCGGCGGCGCAGCAGUGUGGGGCAGUCUCCGCUGCUCUCGCUCCUGGAGGAGGUGCUGCACGGGCGUGCGACGAUCGCGGCAUACGACAAGUCGCACGUGCUGUUCGCGGAGGCGCUGCUGCGGCUGGACCUUGUGUACAGCUGCACGUACGUGGAGAAGGUUGUGACAUUGUGGCUCGCUAUCCGAAUCGAGUCCAUUGCGGCAUUGGUCAUUAUUGCUGUGGGUCUGAUCGGCGUUGUGGAGAAGCUCGUAGAGGCGUCGCCGGCGAUGCCGGAGGCGCGUGUGGGCCUGAUCUCGCUGAGUCUCACCAUGUGCCUCGAUCUCAGCUGGUCGCUAUCUGCACUCCUAGACCUCGCUGCCGUUGUCGAGGCCAGCAUGAACAGUGUGCAGCGCGUUUGCCACUACAUUGACUGCGUACCGCAGGAAGCGGUGCUCCUGGAGCCGCGGGACGCGUAUGUGGCGCGCGCUUUGGCAGCGACUGGCGGCAGCGGCAGAGGAGGAGGCGGGAGCACCAGAAGUGCGAGCGACAUCGUUGUGGUUGCCGGCGGUGGUGACGACGAGGCCGCGCCUGCGUGGCAGGGUGUUGCGGCAAGGAGCGGCGCCGGCGGUGCGUUUGGAGCGCUUGUGCUGGAGCACGUGGACCUGCGGUACCGGCCUGGGCUGCCGCUGGUUCUGCGCGAUGUGUGCUUCGCGAUCGCCCCUGGGCAGAAGGUGGGUGUUGUGGGGCGGACGGGGAGCGGGAAAUCGACGCUGAUGCUGGCCUUCCUGCGGCUGGUGGAGGUGAGCGGCGGCCGCAUGCUCGUCUGCGGGCGCGACGCGCGGACGUACACACUUCCCGCACUGCGGCGGCUGUUUUCCAUGAUCCCGCAGGAUCCCGUGCUGUUCGAUGGCACGAUCCGCAGCAACGUGGAUCCGUUCGGCGACGCGACGGACGAGGAGGUGCGUGCCGCGCUGGUGUCUGUGGGGUUUGUGGGGGUAGGCGGCAGCUCAGCUACCUUUCCGACAGCUGCUGGAUUGCCGAGCGCUGCAUCUGCCAGCAUGUUUGCACUGGACACUGUGGUGCAGGGGGGCGGGUCGAACUUCAGCGUUGGGCAGCGCCAGCUGCUGUGCCUAGCGCGCGCGCUGCUGAAGAAGGGGAGUGCAUUCAUUUUGAUGGACGAGGCGACAGCGAACGUGGACGCACAACUGGACCAGACAGUGCAGCGUAUUGUGGCGGAGCAGUUUGGCGCGUACACGGUGGUGACGAUCGCGCACCGUCUGUACACGGUGGCGGCGUACGACGUUGUGCUUGUGAUGGCGCGCGGGCGUGUGGUGGAGAUGGGGCAGCCGCGGGCGCUGCUGGAGCGUCGCGACUCCGUGUUCUACGGUAUGGUGGCGCAGAGUGCAGCGGUGGCUGGUUCCCGUGAGGGCUUGUCGCGGGAGGAUGCCGAGGGUGCGGCCAGUGGUGCGCGUUCGCGUGGCGUCAGUGACGGAGGCGCUGAGCUGAGCGCGGCAGGGCGCGAACACGGCGUGGAGGCCGCGGUCGCGUCGCUCAUGCGUCAGUGCAAGUGA